GAGGGGGCGAGAGGAAGUGGGAAGAUGAAGAAAGUGGAGUCAGAGGUUUGAGUGGGAGACGUCUGAGGGAAGGCAGAGUGAUUUGAAAAUGUGGGUUAUGAGGAAAUGAAGACCAAGACGUCAGAUUACACUUUGUGCUACAAAUUAUCCCACACGGCCCAUAAAAUAUAUAUUUCUCUCUGCUCGUGAGAAGGUAGUAAGUGUCUUGAAUCCAUGGGUGGAAAGACGCCUACAACAUCCUCUACAUUUAGAUGAAUUAUGACUUAAAUAUUACUCAUGUGGGACCAAGGCAAAAACUUUCUCCGGAAACGAAUCAGGUGAAGCACAGAAAUACUAAAGAACAUUUACUUUAAGUAAAACUUAUAAAUGUCCACAGCCAAAUAUGUCAAAAGCAAUAAUCAAAGGUGAUUUUGGUAUAUUUGGUUUAUUGAGAGUUUAUGAUUCAAAAGCUUGACUUGACAUUUGACAGUUUGUCACCCACACCCAUAACUGUCAUCAGAGUUUGAUUUCACAGAUGCAGACUGAAAUAAGGCAGCACCAGAAUAAAGAGCAUCUCCAUCCUUACCUCUCUCUCCGCAAAGUUUAUGGAAAAUGAGUUCCUUUGAAUUAUGGGACUGCUUUGAAUCAAGUUGAGUCACUUAUCAGUUCAUCCAUGGACAAAAUCAAAUCUGUGUUUGAAGGUGCACUAAAGGAGCAGAAACAAUAGCUUCAUCUGUGCACGGGAUAUAACCAGUGGAACUGUGCAAAGGGCUUAAACACCACAGAGUAGAAACCAACAGAUGCACUGGAAACUUAAAUUAACCUUUUAUUCACCAAUUAGUGCAUAUGUGUGGAGAAAGAGACACACAAACAAAACAAAUAAAUAAAUCAUGAUAGUAAUAAUAAUGAUGAUAAUGUAAAAAAUAAUAAACACAAAGACAAACAAACAAAAACACUUUAAAGAGGUAAAAAUGACCAUUAUCUGUUAAGGUUUGUAUUCAUGGGGCUUUUACAGUAUGGGUGUCAUAUCUUGUUCUGCUCAUUCAUUUAUAUAAAUACACAUUUGUCUGUUCUCGUUUCCCUUUUCUGCUUUCCUUUUGUUGCUUUGUUUUGUGAACGCGUUGCUUUAGAGGAAACCAGCAGCAGUUUGUGUUUGUGUGGUGGAGCAGCUCAGGUUUUAAUCUCAACCCGAAUAACACCCAGCUCCUGUUUUCCUCUGGAGGCUGCGCGCAUCACGUCAUUCAGCACAAAAACACGGGAUAACCCCGAGUGACCACGUGCGCUCGUGGAAAAUCGAAGGUUCGCGUCAGUGUCCAUAUGAGGAGUGUCGGGCAGACCAUACAUGGUCGUUCCGCCUGCCACGUCACUACUUCUGGGGAAAAACCAGGAGGGGCCGCGGUGACCCCACCCCUCCGACAGCUGUUAUCAAUGAACAAGUGAAAACGUGAAGAGGACUCGAACCCAGCUCAGGUUCUACACACAUACUUUAUUUUAUUGCUCCAGUCAUUUAUCAGAUCAUCACAGAAAAAUACACCAACACCAGAUUCAUUUAUUUUUAAUAGCUCAUAUUUGUAGUAGAGUAAAUAUAGUUUAUUUAUUUUAAAUUACUUAUAAAUCUACUUUCUCCGCCAUGACUGUGGAUCCUUUGGAGAUCACAGCCACUGAGCUGGUCCACAUCCUCCAGACCCCCCGGGACCAGUGCGCCUCAGCCGGCGGCGUGGUGCUGGACUGCCGACCUUUCCUCGACUUCUCCCUGGCGCACAUCCGCGAGGCCCGGAACGUGAACUGGAGCUCGAUGAUGAGGCGCCGGUCCAAGGGCUCGGUGGUGGCUCUGGAGUGGCUCAUCCCAGACAAGGCGCUCCUCGGCCGGCUGCGGCGAGGGGACUUCUCCCCCGUGGUGGUGAUGGACCAGAGCAGCGGCUCCGUGGCCGAGCUGCGGGCGGAGAGCGUGGCCCAGAUGUUGCUCACCGCCCUGCAGAACGAGGUCCACACGCACAUCUGCUUCCUACAAGGUGGAUUUGAGGGAUUUACCGAGGCCUCUCCAGAGCUGUGCUACAUCUCUGCCAGCAGCCAGCUGCCCUCAGUGGAGCCGGAGCCGGCAGUGACCGGCCGCAGGACGCCAGCGUAUGAUCAGGGUGGUCCAGUGGAGCUGUUGCCCUUCCUGUUCUUGGGCAGUGCCGUCCACUCGUCCCGCAGAGAGACCCUGGCAGCAGCAGGCAUCACAGCCGUGCUCAACGUCUCCUCCACCUGCCCCAACUUCUACGAGGGGGAGUUCGAGUACCUGCGGGCUCGGUGGAGGGACACUCUGGCUGCUGACAUCAGAGCCUGCUUCGCCACAGCCAUCACCUUCAUUGACUCUGUGAAGCAGAGAGGUGGUCGGGUGUUGGUGCAUUGCCAGGCAGGCAUCUCCCGCUCUGCCACCAUCUGUCUGGCCUACCUCAUGCACACGCAGCGUGUGCGGCUGGACGAGGCCUUCGACUUUGUGAAGCAGCGACGUCACGUCAUCUCCCCCAACCUGGGCUUCAUGGGACAGCUGCUGCAGUUUGAAACCGACGUCCUCUGCCAAGGAUGAAGAGGAAGGAAAUUGACAUGACUGUACUUUUUACUUAAAUCGUCUGCCUCUUGUAGAAAUUGUGCUGGACUCAAAACAUAUGCACAAAAAUACUGUUUGUACUAUCAAAACUUCUGCACAACAGAAGUAAUCACUGUUUUGCACAGAAAGAAAAGCUACUUGUGUUGCUGCCAGCACAUGGCUGGUGGAUCCGGGUUCUUACUCACAGUAGAAUAAUACAAAUGGGAUGUUGAUAAAACUCCACUGUAACAACCACAUUGUGAUUCUGAGCCAGCAAGGUGGAGCAGCUAUGAGCUAAUAUCCCCUGAUGUUUUGUACUAAAGGGUAAUUGUGUGUGCUUGUCUGGUUUUCUGGGUGUGUGUGUGUGUGUGUGUGUGUGUGCGUGUGUGUGUGUGUCUGUGUGUGUUACCUUGUUUGACUUACGUGCCUGAUUAUUUGCAAGGGCUGUCUUAUUUCCAUUCUGAGAGUCAUUCCUCCACAGUUACAGCCACUGUGACAUCUUUAUAUGAGACAACACUGUGUUAACUUCAUACAGCAAUACUGGUUUUAUUGUCUAAUUUAUAAAACUGCGACAACCAGAAGUGGUGUAUAAUCAAAGAUCUGAUCAUUUUGUAUCCUGAGAUAAAUUACUCUUACUAAGUUGUUUUUAUCGUGUAAAUAGAAUUUAUAUUUUUAUUUAUUACAUCAGCAUUUGUCAUGACACAUUAUUGUCUGUUAUUGCACUUUAUACCAACGAGGUUAAGCUGAUCCCUGCUGUUUUUCGACUGAAAUAAAAACACGGCGGUGAGCAUAUUGAA